CGUCGCGGGGCGCUGAGGCUCGCGCCGGCGGCGGCGGCCCGGCCCUGCUCGGUUCCGCGCUCUCCUCGCGUUUUCCGAGACGAUGGAGGAGGAGGAGGAGGAGGAGGAGAGGACCACGCGGGCGCGGGAGCCGGGCAAGAAGAGCCCGCAGGAAUCCCCCCUCCUGGACCUUCUGGCUGCGGCGGUGCCCGAUGCUGGAUGCGGCGAGUCGGUGCCGCCGGAGGUGAGCAAGCCGAAAGAGGAGGCGGCGGCGGCGGCGACCAGCAACACCGAGGAGGAGCUAUGCGCCCGCACCCACUUCGUACGCUCCGAGGAGGACAUGGUAAAGAUCAUAUUAAAACUCGGGUCCUCCAGGCGCGCACCGAGGUGUGAGCAUUACCUGUGUGAGAACAAGGUGGAAAAGAGCAGUAUCUUGGUGUGCAUCGACUGCAGCUUGCAUUUCUGCAUUGGGGACGGGACCAAGAACAGGCCGAAGGGGCACGCCCGGUGGCACGCUGAUCUGGAGCAGCAUUGUGUUGGUGCGUUCUUCGACGAACCGGAAAGUCUGUACUGCUUCACUUGUGAACGUCUUUGGGAAUUGGAGGUCAGUGACAUGCAGUCAGAAAGCGACAGCAGUGACAUUGAGUGGUGCGGACACUUCUCCUUGGACGAGGAAAAAGCUAACUUGAUUGCGUCAAAGGCCACUGCCUCCAAGAAGGUUCCGGUGUGCCAACAUCCUGGUUGUAAGAUCACUGGGAAGACCUGUAUCAUGGUGUGUGUGGGAUGCAACAAGCGUUUCUGCACUAGAGCUCAGGCCAAGCAAAGGCCAUUUGGACAUGCCCGUGAACACGCCAAGCACUCUGGGCAUUGCGUAGGUUUGUGGUGCAGUGAUCCGUAUACGAUGUACUGCUUCACGUGUGAAUACGAAUUGGCCCUUGCUGCACCGUAUGUUGAGACGGGGAUGGUGUUUGGCAAGGAAGCAUUCGGUCAGGCAUCUGGCUUAGUGAAGGAGCAUGUCUGUCCUAUCAGAGGGAUGCCGAAUCUUGGAAACACUUGCUACGUGAACGCGUUGUUGCAGUGCCUCUUUGUGCUCAGAAAGCUGCGGGCAAGGAUGCUAGCACCAGAUGUUCCUUUGGAUAUGCUUGGUGUGACACUGAAAGAGCUCUUUGAAGAUGUAAACAAUGUGGAUAAUGCACGACUCCUACUAAACCCGAUAAAUUUCUUGACUUGUGUUCGUAUUUUGGAUGCACGGUUCGUAGGCAGUGAUAUGCAAGACAGCCAUGAAUUGCUUUGCUUUAUACUGGAUCGAUUGGAUAAGGAGGAGAGGUUGCAGAUGCCUGCAGUAGCUCCAACACUUGUAGAUUCCCUUUUUAGUGUUGGGAUGUCUGUUGCCAUGUCCUGUACUCAUUGCUCAUAUAGUUCACCUUCUUGUGAAGUAAUGUAUGAUAUCUCACUUCCUCUGCCAUUGGAGAGGCCACCACCAAAAAGUAUUGCAUCGCCACCAAGGAACAUAAGUUGCAUAUCUCGAGAGAAGACUGGUAUCAAACUAUUCCCACAGGUUGACAUGAGUAACACCGAAAUUGUUCAAGCAAUUGCUCAAGGCAGUGACUCGCAUAUCACUGGUUUAGAACUGGGAGAUGUGGCCAUAGAAAAAAUAAGCGAGCCUUUGGAAGUUGAUUCUAUUGAAGUGGAACAGAGCUCAGGAGCCAAGGAUGGUUUACGUGUUCCUUCCCAGACUCAGAAGGAUAGCAACUCUCUCGCAUCGAUUGAGGAGUGUCUAGCACUGCAGUUUAAAGCAGAGCUGCUUGAAUGGAAUUGUGAGAAGUGUUCUAAAGCUGCUCACCAUCCGAGUACCACUAGUAGUAAAGAUGGUGACCAGAUGAUGAUAAGCACCAACAAAAACACGAUUGAUGGAGAUCAGACUGUACAGUUGGACAAGAUAGCACGCCAAGGCCAGCAGUCUAGGAAUUUUGAAAGUUUGACACUAGAAUGCAGUUCAAGUAGGCAACCACAUGUUUCUGAUUCACAAUGUCAAGCUAUGCUAAGAGCGGACAGCAUUACUGAAGAGAUGGCCGAUGAUAACAAAGCCAACAAAAAAACUGAAGACCAUGAAGGUGUUCAAGAAGCUGUGCCUAGGUGUCUUCCAACUGAAAAACCGGCCAACCAGUUGAGUGACCAGGGUCAAAAUGCAGACCAAGUGGAUGCAAACCAAAGAGAGCGGGAAGAUAGGAAUCAAGGUGGCAUUAAAACUCGUCUUAUUAGCAAGCUGCCACCAGUAUUGGUUAUUCAUCUGAAGAGAGCCUUGUUAACUGGUAAAGUGAGAGGACACGUGAGCUUUGAGGAGAUCCUUGAUGUAGGACGGUUCAUGGACCCCAGUUCUGAGGACAAACAUAAUUCCAGCUAUCGUCUAGUAGGUGUCAUUGAACACCAGGGGCCCAGUACCAGUGCAGGCCACUGGAUUGCUUAUGUGAGACAAAUUCACGAGCAGCAUGACGGUGGCUAUUCCUCAUGGUAUUGGGCAGAUGGUAUCAGCGUCAACGAAGCAUCUCUAGAAGAAGUUCUCAUGUGCGAGGCUCAGCUUCUUUUCUAUGACAGAAUUGAAGGCUAACGUUAAAUUGGUUAGAUUAGCAAGUACUCUUUUGGAUGGACAAGGGUCCAUUCAGUGUAUGUACUGGCUGGUAAGUAGAUGUUGGUGAUCAUGUCCAUUUUUUGCUCUGGGCGAGUCAUUGUAGGACUGCAAAUUGACUGUAAUACGUUCCUAAGCAGCUGAAUACAUGUUGGCCGGUGUUCUUAAUCAGCUAGUCUUAUCACAUUCAUAUAUUCCUUUUUUACCUUUUUUG